CAAUAACCCGUGUUUCAUAAGUGAGUGAUUAAUCAUGUGAUAAUAGUGUAAAUAACCACCAGUGUAGGAAAACAAUCAACAAUGGUCCAGCGGUACUCCAAUCCCCCGGAAAACAUCAACUGAACAUUUCAUGUAAAAGGAUCUGAAAUAAUCUCCUGUAAGACAUAAUCAACAAAAAUGGCGCCGCCAGACCCCCUCACGCAGAUGAACGCGUACAGAUCGUACGUGACGGUGUUGGCGGAUCCAGGAUCAAAGGACGAGUUGAAACUUAAAGCUGCUCAAGAACUAUCUGAGAAUUUCGAGGUUAUCAUGUGCGCCACACAGUACCCGACCUUCCUGGACCACCUGAUGAAGAUCUUCCUGAAGAUCCUGCAGGAGGGGGAGCCACACUUCAUAUCAGAGUAUAAUAUUCAACAAGUGAGGAAGCUCAUCCUCGAGAUGAUCCAUCGAUUACCCACUAACGAUUAUCUCCGGCCUUACGUUAAACAAAUUCUGAGUCUUAUGCUGAAGCUGCUGGAGACUGAGAACGAGGAGAAUAUUCUCGUUUGUCUGAGAAUUAUUAUUGAACUGCAUAAACAGUAUCGACCGCCGUUCAAUCCAGAGAUCCAGCACUUUCUCCAAUUCGUCAAAUCCAUCUACUCGGAGCUUCCCAAGAACCUUCCCAAGAUAUUCGAGCCCCGGCCGCCUCUUCGCGUCAAAGAUUUAUCAGAAAUAAACAUCGAGUCCCUCCUGAAGGAGACAUUCACAAUAACAGCAAUUCAAAGUGAGAAAAAAGCAGCAGACGGUACAGUUGUAACAUACAAUUUAAUUCCAAAGGCAGUUCUCUCCUUGAAAGUCCUGCAGGAACUCCCAAUAAUCGUGGUCCUGAUGUAUCAGAUAUAUAAACAAAACGUUCAUCAAGACGUAUCAGACUUCAUUCCCUUGAUCAUGACGACAAUAACCUUGCAGCCCUCCCCUCAGCACAGGUCCUCCCCAGGAUUCAACAAAGAAGUGUUCGUUGAUUUCAUGGGGGCUCAGAUAAAGACCUUGAGCUUUCUCGCUUACAUAAUCCGAAUUUACCAGGAAGUUGUCUCUCAGCACAGCCAGAUGAUGGUCAAGGGAAUGCUGGGAUUGUUGACCCUGUGCCCCAUGGAGGUGGCUCACCUCAGGAAGGAGCUGCUGAUAGCAGCUCGACACAUAUUGGCAACAGACCUCAGAAACAAAUUUGUCCCCCACAUGGAGAGACUGUUCGAUGAACAAGUCCUCCUCGGUAAUGGCUGGACCACUCAUGAGUCCCUCAGGCCUCUCGCCUACUCCACCCUGGCUGACCUCGUCCAUCACGUCAGGCAACUCCUACCCUUGUCCGAUCUAGCUAGAGCUGUCCACCUCUUCAGCAAGAACGUUCACGACCAGAGCCUCCCCACGACGAUUCAGACAAUGUCCUGCAAACUUCUGCUGAAUCUCGUCGAGUGCAUUCGUCAAAGAAGUGAUGCUGAGAACUCGACACAGGGCAGAGAACUUCUCAUGCGAAUGCUCGAGGUCUUUGUUCUCAAAUUCAAGACGAUAACCAAGCUUCAGAUGCCAGUUUUGUUGAACAAAACGAGAGGAUCCAUUGGCCAGAGUCUUGUUUGUUCUACUGUGGGGACUGAUGGAAAAAGUGAAGACGUUAAACCAGUGAUCGAGAGUGAUGACAAAGAGACCAAAUCAAAGUUCGGUUUUCCCCAGUCACAAGCCGCAAAUUACAACGUAGCAGACUACCGAUCCCUCGUUAAAACACUCGUCUGCGGGGUCAAGACCAUCACCUGGGGAUGUGCUAAUUGUAAGACUGGCCAGGAUGUCGUGCAGUCUAAGCAGUUCCAACCGAAGGAGACACUGGUUUUCAUCAGGCUUGUUAAGUGGGCUCUUCAGGCGCUUGACAUCUACACCAUUGGCCCACCAACUGUCGGCCCAUCAGUGCCAGGUCAGAUUGGGAGACCUGUCCAGCCUCAGACAGUCAGAACUAAGGAGGAAAAGGAGGUGCUUGAACACUUCAGUGGAGUCUUUUCCAUGAUGAAUCCACAGACCUUUCAGGAGAUUUUUUCGACGACCAUCGAUUACAUGGUCGAGAGGAUAUCCAAAAAUUGUGCUCUCCAGAUUGUUGGGAAUUCGUUCCUUGCUAAUCCCACUACAUCUCCAAUAUUUGCCACAGUUCUGGUGGAGUAUCUUUUGGAGAGAAUGAAUGACAUGGGCUCCAACGUCGAGAGAUCAAAUUUGUACUUGAGACUGUUCAAGCUUGUAUUCGGUUCGGUGUCGUUAUUCCCAGCUGAGAAUGAACACAUGUUGAGACCUCAUCUCCAUCAGAUUGUCAACAGAUCCAUGGAGCUUGCGAUGAGUGCCAAGGAGCCUUACAAUUAUUUUCUACUGCUCCGAGCCUUGUUCAGAUCUAUCGGUGGUGGCUCACACGAUCUUCUCUACCAGGAGUUUCUUCCCCUCUUGCCAAAUUUGUUGGAGGGUCUUAAUAGACUUCAAUCGGGCCUUCACAAGCAGCACAUGAAGGACCUCUUCGUCGAGUUAUGCCUGACUGUUCCUGUGAGACUAUCGUCAUUGCUACCCUAUCUACCGAUGCUGAUGGAUCCCCUCGUUUCAGCGUUGAAUGGAAGUCACACACUUGUCUCACAGGGUCUGAGAACCCUGGAACUUUGCGUUGACAAUCUUCAGCCUGAUUUCCUUUACGAGCACAUACAACCUGUCCGAGCUGAUCUAAUGCAAGCCCUCUGGAGGACUCUUCGCAAUCCCACGGAUCAGGUCGCGCAUGUUGCCUUCAGGGUGCUGGGUAAAUUCGGUGGUGGAAACAGAAAGAUGAUGAUUGAACCACAGAAGCUUGACUACAACGAUCGAGAGACAAAUUCCCCAUCUAUCGUCGCAGUCUUCGUCGAUCAGCAGAAUAAGCAGGCGUCCAUUGACUUCCCUGUGGAGAGAGUCAUUGAGACAGCAUUUACAGCCUUGAAAUCUAACACGACUGAUCCAUUUUAUAGAAGACAGUGUUGGGAGGUGAUCAAUUGCUAUCUGGCAGCAUCUCUCAGGCUAAAUGACGAUCGCUCAGUCCUCUACAAGCUCUUUACCCAUCCCAGUUUUAAGGAAGGAAAGAUUCCUCAUCAGCAGGGACACUACUACAAGUGCCCAGAUGUCGUCACGAGAAAUGUCCAACAGACAGCGCUCACUGGACUGUUCGUAGCCGCUGCUAUCAAAGAGCUGAGGCAGUCUGUUCUGGAGACAAUGGUCUCCCUGGUCAGACACUACACGAUGAUUGCCAUCGCACAGCAGGCCGGCCCCUUCUGCCAGACAGCUAAACAGGGACGAAUACCUGGGGUGUUGGCACCCAUCAAUCAGGGGCUCGAUCCUCUUGUUCUGAUUGAUGCCCUCUCUGUCAUCAUGGGACAUGAGGAGAAAGAACUAUGUAAACCGGGGCAUCUCGCUUUGGUUUUGAUAUUAGAGACUGCAACCAAUAUUCUGGGAACCAAGGAAAGAGCCUGUCAACUGCCACUCAUGGAGUAUCUGGCAGAGAAGAUGUGCUCUUUGUGUUAUGAACGCGCUUGGUAUGCGAAACUCGGUGGCUGCAUUGCUAUCAAAUUUCUCUUCGAGCAUAUGGCGACAAAAUGGGUGUUGAAUCACCUAUUUGUCUUCCUCAAAGCCCUGAUGUUCGUGAUGAUGGAUCUGACUGGAGAGGUAUCGAAUGGCGCCAUUGAUAUGGCCAAAGCCAAUCUGGAGCAGAUGCUCAGGGUGUGCGUUAACUCUGGAAUUGUCAAGAAGGAGAUGAUGGAGACUGAUGAUCAAGACGACAUAACCUCUCAAGAUCUCAUAGAAUCCCAGAACAAGAGUCUCUACGAAGUUACUCAUGAGUUGGUGAGACAGGUAACGUCUCCUCACACUAUUGUUCGGGAACAGGCGAUGGCUUCGCUUCGACUUUUAGCUGAAAUCCAGCAGAAAACUGUGACUGAAGUUAUGGAGCCACACAAGGAGGUUCUCGCUGACAUGAUUCCACCGAAGAAACAUCUACUGAGGCAUCAGCCUGCCAAUGCCCAGAUUGGGCUGAUGGAUGGAAACACUUUCUGCACGACUCUAUCACCCAGACUCUUCACCAUUGAUCUGCAGAUUAUGGAGCACAAGGUGUUCUUCCAGGAGUUGUUGACACUCUCAGAGGCUGAGGACACAACUCUGCAGAAGCUUCCGUGCUAUAAAUCAGUGACCAAUCUCAUUCCACUGAGGAAAUCUGCGUUAAGAGCACUAGCAGCCUGUCAUUAUAUUGUCAAUUGUCGUGACAAGAUUUUCGGGGUUCUUUACAAAGCCCUGGAGAAGCCCAAUGGUGAGCUACAGGAGGCCGCCUUCGAGUGCAUGAAGAAAUUCAUUGCUGGAUUUCAGAUUGAAAUGGAGAAUGUUCACUCAAUCAUGAGACCCAUGCUGCUGACCCUUGGUGAUCACAGGAAUCUCUCUCUCAAUUGUGUCAAAAGGCUGUCCUAUCUGACGCAGCUGUUUCCAAGUACCUUCAGCAUCACCCUCUGCGAACAACUCCUUCAACAUCUCAAGAAACUAUUGGAGAAUCUGAUACAGGCGCACAAGGGUGUGUCCAAGUCAGGUGAAAACGAGCAGAAAAUUGCGACGAUUAUCGGCAUCUUCCAUCAGAUUCCAGCAGCCACUCCAAAGUUCAUAGAUGUCCUCUGUCGACUGGUCCUCCAGGCUGAAAAGUCACUGCUCGUCGAAGCAUCUAGUCCAUUCAGAAUUCCACUGAUGAGAUUUUUACUGAGAUACCCUACUGAAACCCUGAAUCUCUUCUUGCACGACAACAACAUCAAGGAUCAGCAGUGGUCGAGGUACCUGGAGUUCUUGAUCAAGCAUAAGGAGGGAAAACCCUUCAGGGAUGUUCUUCACAACAGCACUGCUCGGCUGAUCACAAUGCUGCUGGCUCAUUCCCAAACAAACUCAACACUAACGCCACCGGAGAAGAGUGAGCUCCAGCAUCAGGCCAUCAGGAUCGUAUCAGUAUUGAUAAAGUACGAUGAGCAAUGGCUUUUCAAUCAGAAUCAGCUAAUUGCAGCAUUGAAGCAGAUCUGGUGCAACGACGACUAUCAAGCCCUUCACAAACGAGUUGAUUCUGUUGAUUUUUCACGCUGGAAGGAGCCCAAAUUGAUCGUCAAAAUACUCCUCCACUAUUUUGGUCAUCAUCCCAACGACAUUGAUCUUCUCUUCCAGCUGCUAAGGGCCAACUGCGAUCGCUUCAUACCAGACUUCCAGUUUCUACGAGACUUCCUCGAGACAACUGUUGCUCAGGAAUACACGGUGGAGUGGAAACGCGCAGCUUUUUUCAUAUUCGUCGAACACUUUCCCACCAACAAUAUGUCACAAGAGCUGAAAGCCAAGGUCCUCCAGUUGAUUAUCAUCCCCUGCUUCGCUGUCAGCUUCGAACGAGGUGAAGGUGUCAAGCUUGUAGGUGGUGCACCAAUGCCCUACCAGGACAAUCCUGAGAAUGUUGUUUCCGUAUUCAUCAGCAAGAUCAUCGAUCCUGACAAUCCCUUCGGCUCAGCCGACUGUGUAAGAAUUUCACUUCUCCAAUUCUCCUGUCUCCUCGUUGAACAAGCCAGUCAGCACAUUCACGAUGCUACCAACAAACGACAGGGGAACAAGCUGAGGCGACUCAUGACCUUUGCCUGGCCCUGCCUACUCGGCAAGAACUGCGUAGAUCCAGCGACAAGGUAUCAUGGACAUCUUCUCUUGUCCCACAUAAUCGCCAAAUUCGCCAUUCACAAGAGAAUUGUCCUCCAAGUGUUUCACUCACUCCUCAAGGCACAUGCAGUCGAAGCGAGGAGUGUUGUCCGGCAGGCCCUGGAGAUCCUAACACCUGCGAUGCCAGUAAGGAUGGAAGAUGGUAACACAAUGCUGACGCACUGGACCAAGAAAAUAAUCGUCGAGGAGGGCCACUCCAUGCAGCAACUGUUCCAUAUUCUUCAGCUUGUCGUUCGUCAUUACAAGGUCUACUAUCCCGUUCGUCAUCAUCUGGUACAGCACAUGGUGAACUCCAUUCAGAGGCUUGGAUUCAGUCCAACCGCGACUAUUGAACAUCGAAGACUGGCUGUUGAGCUUGCUGAGGUGAUCAUCAAGUGGGAGUUGCACAGAAUUAAGGAUGAGGCCGAGGCCGCCGGUGAAGUCGUUAACCAGGCAUCUGGUGCAGUCAAACGACAGAUUCCCGCUGAAGAUCCGUCGGCGAAGAGAACUGCUGUGGGCCAAGCUAUGAGUCCAGGGGUUCUUGUCCAACCCAGGGUCGAACCCGGGUCAACAAAGCCUAUUGAACGCGCUCACGCAGACGCCAUUUUGAAUUUUUUACUGAGAUUAGCCUGUCAGGUUAACGACGGCACCACCACCACCACACCCGCGGCCACCACAGCCGCCGUUGCUGCAGCCGCAGCAGCAGCCUCUGGAGCCACUGCCACAGCAGCUGCAACGGCCACCGCUAAUGCUAAUGCAGCUGCUGCCACAGCUGCACAAGGAGGAAAUCCCGGUGAACAACUGUCAAGGAGAUGUGUUACACUUCUGAAGAUGGCCUUGAAACCAGAUGUCUGGCCGCAGUCGUGCGAUCUGAAGCUAGCCUGGUUGGACAAGGUCUUUGCGAGUGUUGACAAUGCUCAGCCGAAUUAUGGAAACAUCUGCACGGCUCUUGAGCUCGUCACAUUCCUCCUUGGGGUGAUGAAGCGAGACCAGAUAUUGGCGAGUUUUAAACCUCUUCAGCGGGGUCUGGGGGCCUGCAUCGCCAGUACCAAUACCAAAGUCAUCAGGCUUGUUCAUGGACUCUUAUCCAGACUGAUGACAUUGUUCCCAACAGAACCGACUACCUCACCUGUUGCCUCCAAACACGAGGAGCUCGACACCCUGUACACGACUAUUGGAAAAUUUGUCCUCGAUGGAUUAACGGCUUACGAGAAGAACGCUUCAGCCACCCCAAGCACUCUGUUUGGUACCUUGAUGAUGCUAAAGGCAGCCUGCACCAACAAUCAGAGCUACAUUGAUCGACUGAUCACACCGUUCAUGCGUGUACUCCAGAAAAUGGCUAAAGAUCAUCUCCAUUCCACCCAGACUGAGUCCAAUCCCGUUGGGAGUGAGCUGCUGAUCCUCAGCUUGGACCUUGUCAAGAGCAGGGUUGUUGUGAUGGGAGGGGACAUGAGGAAGUUGUUCAUUGGCGCCAUCCUCGUGGGUCUCAUCGAGAAAACUCAGGAUAUCAAGGUCAUGAAGGCAAUAACCAAGAUGAUGGAGGAGUGGAUGAAGAAUAAAAAUCCCAUUGCGAUGAAUCAGGCACCCAGCCUUCGAGAGAAGUCAAUUCUCCUCGUGAAGAUGAUGCAGUAUGUGGAGAAGAGGUUCCCGGAUGAUCUUGAGCUCAAUGGACAGUUUCUCGAGCUCGUUAACUUCGUUUAUCGAGAUGAGGCACUCAAGUCCUCGGAGCUUACCUCAAAACUCGAGCCAGCUUUUCUCAGUGGCCUGAGGUGUAUUCAACCCCACAUCAGAGCCAAGUUUUUUGAAGUGUUCGAUGGCUCAAUGCGACGAAGACUCCACGACAGACUACUGUACAUCGUCUGCAGUCAGAGUUGGGACGCCAUGGGGCCACAUUACUGGAUUAAACAGUGCAUUGAGCUCCUCUUGGUGACGGCGUCAUCAACAACUCAGAUCCAAUUAUCAAAUCAAGACACACUUCUUCCAUCUGUCAACUCAAUCAUCAACAUGGCGGAUUCUGAGGACCUGAAGGGCUUUAUGAUGUACACAAACGUGAAGGAGGAGCCUCAGGACGUCCACGAGCACAUGGAAAUCUCGGCUGAUGUGGUAGAGGGAAGAGACUCGAAGGAGUCGAUAAUAAAGGAUAAAGGCGAGAUCUUUGAUCUUGAUCUGUCGACAGUGGAUUCCAGUGAGACGGUCGCUGAGGACGUCGUGAAGACAGUCACCGAGCAGACAGGUACACUAACGCAACUAGUCACCAAACAAUCGGACUUCAUUAGUCAGUCGAGGAAAAUCAGAACGGAGCAGCUGUUGAACUCUGCCUCUCAACUCUGUCACAUGGACACCAACCUAGCUGAGCGCGUCUGGCUGGACACAUUCCCCCGACUGUGGUCCAUCCUGGAUGACCACCAGCACAAUACUCUCAUCGGCGAGAUUGUUCCGUUCGUGUGCUCCGGGACUCACGUGAUCCAGAAGGAUUGUCAUCCCUCAGCUAUUGCAACAUUCGUGGAGGCACUCGCUCACUGUGAGCCCCCAGUCCACAUGAGGCCGGCUUUGAUGAAGUACUUGGGCAGAUCUCACAAUCUCUGGCACAGGAUGACCCUGAGCCUCGAGCAGAUGGCUUUUGAUGGCAAUAAUGCGGGGAGUAGUGGCAACAGAAAGUCUAGGGACACUGAUUGCUAUGAUUUCGAACCUGACAACAGCCCUCACGCUGAAGUAUUGGAUUCAUUAUCAGACAUGUAUUCUUUGCUAUGCGAGGAGGACAUGUGGGCUGGCCUUUGGCAGAAGCACGCGCACUACAAGGAGACUCUCCAGGCAACAGCACUGGAACAACAAGGAUUUUUCGAGCAAGCCCAGACUGCUUAUGACCUGGCAAUGACAAAAUUUAAACAGGAUUACGUGCAAGCACCUGCACCAUUCAAGACCCAACGAGAGGCCAUCCUCUGGGAGCAUCACUGGAUCAGAUGUGCCAAAGAGUUGAAUCAGUGGGAUCUUCUUCUGGAGUAUGGAAGUAAAAAGUCGGAGAGAAAUCCUUUCCUUAUUCUCGAGAGCUCUUGGAGAAUUCCAAACUGGGGAUUGAUGAAGGAGGCCCUGGCACAGGUCGAGCACAACUGCCCUAAGGAGAUGGCGUGGAAGGUAAAUCUGUAUCGUGGCUUUCUCGCCAUCUGUCAUUCGGAGGAUCAGCAUCUCAAUGCAGUCGAAAGAUACGUGGAACUGGCAUCGGGUUUGUGCAUGAGAGAGUGGAGGAGGCUUCCUCACAUAGUCUCUCACAUUCAUCUGCCUCUUCUCCAGGCAGCUCAGCAGAUAAUGGAGCUGCAGGAGGCCAUGCAAAUACAUCAGGGCCUCAUUCACGGACGUUCCUCGUCCCUUCACGAUAUGAAGGCCAUCGUCAAGACGUGGAGAAAUCGUUUACCAGUCAUCGCUGACGACUUGAGCCACUGGUCUGACAUAUUCACCUGGCGUCAGCAUCAUUACACUUUCAUCUCUUCUCACUACGAUGCACAGCAGGACCAGACAACUAAUCAUUCAAUGUUUGGGGUGCACGCCUCAGCACAAGCGAUCAUUCAUUUUGGAAAAAUCGCCAGGAAGCACAAUCUCACUGGUGUCUGUCUAGAUUCACUCUCCAGGAUUUACACAAUUCCAAGUGUUCCCAUCGUCGACUGCUUCCAGAAGAUCAGGCAGCAGGUGAAGUGCUACCUCCAAAUGGCCUCUGUCAGCGGUAAAAACGAGCUUCAGGACGGCCUCGAGGUGAUCGAAUCGACGAAUCUCAAGUACUUCACGAAGGAGAUGACUGCUGAGUUCUACGCCCUCAAGGGAAUGCUCCUGUCGCAAAUUGGAAGAUCAGACGACGCCAACAAGGCUUUCUCAGCUGCUGUCCAGAUGCACGAUACUUUGGUCAAGGCCUGGGCUCUCUGGGGGGAUUAUCUCGAACACAUAUUCACACGUGACUCUAGACAGAUAUCAAUCGGUGUGUCAGCUAUCACGUGCUUCCUGCACGCAUGCAGACAUCAGAAUGAAUCCAAGUCAAGGAAGUACUUGGCCAAAGUCCUGUGGCUGUUGACCUACGACGAUGAGAAAUUCUCAUUGAUGGAGGCACUGGAUAAGUACGCCGUUGGGGUACCACCCAUCCAGUGGCUACCCUGGAUACCUCAGUUAUUGAUGUGUCUCGUCAGGAAUGAAGGGAACGUCAUACUUAAUUUGCUGUCACAAGUUGGGAGAAUGUUUCCACAGGCUGUUUACUUCUCCAUUAGGACUCUCUAUCUCACCCUGAAGAUCGAACAAAGGGAGAGGUACAAGAGUGCUGAGCUGGCUGGUAAGACUGAGGAGGGCAGGGGGGUACAGCCUGGUCCUGAGACCGGACCCAUCAGGGCAACACCACCUAUGUGGAGGUGCUCCAAAAUCAUGCACAUGCAGAGGGACAUUCAUCCGACUAUUCUAUCAUCUCUGGAGGGUAUCGUCGACCAGAUGGUUUGGUUCAGAGAGACUUGGUACGAGGAAGUACUCAGGCAGCUCAGGCAGGGCCUUGCCAAGUGCUAUGCCAUUGCUUUUGAGAAUAGGGGGGCUGUGUCUGAAGCCACCAUCACUCCUCAUACCCUCAAUUUUGUGAAAAAACUCGUUUCGACUUUUGGAAUUGGCAUUGAGAAUAUAUCAUCGUCGCAGAAUGUCAAUAAUACUUUUGGUUCAGCUGCUUCCGAGAGCCUUGCCAGGAGAGCACAGGCCACUGUUCAGGAUCCUGUCUUCCAGAAGAUGAAGGGGCAAUUCACCUCUGAUUUUGAUUUCACCGUUCCUGGGGCCAGGCUCCUUCAUAACUUGAUUAACAAACUGAAGAAGUGGAUCAAGAUCCUGGAGGGGAAGACCAAGCAGUUGCCCAAGUCUUUUCUCAUUGAGGAGAAGUGCAGAUUUCUCAGUAAUUUCAGUCUUAAGACUGCAGAGGUUGAACUACCUGGGGAGUUUCUGCUCCCCAAGCAUUCACAUUACUACGUCAGAAUUGCCAGGUUCAUGCCAAGGGUGGAAGUGGUCCAGAGGCACAACACAGCAGCCAGAAGACUAAGGAUCCGAGGUCACAACGGAAGGCUAUAUCCCUACCUAGUGGUUAAUGACGCUGGGCUCGGGGACGCUAGACGAGAGGAGAGAGUCCUUCAAUUACUCAGGAUGUUGAAUCACUACCUGGCGAAGCAGAAGGAAACCUCGAGAAGAUUUUUGCAUUUCACAGUGCCCAGGGUUGUGGCUGUGUCACCCCAAAUGAGGCUUGUCGAGGACAAUCCAGCGUCCGUAUCCCUCCUGGACAUCUACAAGAAGGGCUGUACAAAGAUGGGAAUUGAGCAUGACGCCCCAAUAGCCAGGUACUACGAGAGGCUGGCGGCUGUUCAGGCGAGAGGAGCUCAAGCCAGCCACCAGGUACUCAGGGACAUUCUCAAGGAGGUACAGACCACCAUGGUCCCCAGGACAAUGCUGAGGGAUUGGGCAGUCAAGACCUUCCCCUCAGCCACUGACUACUGGACCUUCAGAAAGAUGUUUACACUUCAGUUGUCCCUCGCUUGUUUUGCUGAGUACGUCCUCCACUUGACGAGACUCAAUCCUGAUAUGAUGUACGUUCAUCAGGACUCAGGUCUCAUCAAUGUCGCCUACUUCAAGUUUGAUAUUGAUGACACCAGUGGGGAACUCGACGCCAACAGGCCUGUGCCCUUCCGGCUCACUCCCAAUAUCCUCGAGUUCCUGACAACAACUGGAGUUUCUGGACCUCUUACAGCCUCAGCCAUUGCCACUGCCAGGUGUCUCGUACAGCCUUCCUUCAAAGUCCACACGAUCCUCAGGGCCAUUCUCAGGGAUGAGGUCAUUGCUGACCAUAACAAGAAGCAGGAUGACCCUGAGAAUGCAACACAGGUUCAGGACAUGAAGGGAGAACUGCUGAUCACCAUGGUGACUAGGGCUGUCAAUGCUAUUGUGCAGAGGCUCAAUUCACUGGCGACCUUCGAUGGAACUGACAGCAAAGUUAGCACACUUGUUGCUGCUGCCAACAGUCAUGACAAUCUUUGUAGGAUGGAUCCUAGUUGGCAUCCGUGGUUGUAAAUUUUGGAAGUGUACAGACAAUUGGUAUUUGUGACAGUGUCGAGAGUGAUUUGUGCGGGUAAUUUUGUAAACUACAAAAAAAUGUCUCAUGGCUGCUUUCCAACAAAAACAAUUGAGAGCUUCUCAUUUUUGUUUGUCUGGUCAGUUUGAUUUAUGAACUGAGAAUAAAUUAUGUGGGUAAUAACUGUUUCUAUGAAAAAAAGUCAUGAGACCUUUUUUGUAGGGAAUCCGCACACUUUCUCUGUUGAUCCCAAUUCACGAGAAUUAAUAAGAAUUAGUGUUUAAUUAUUGACAGACAUGAAUUUAAGAAAAAGAUACCGAGACUUUCUUCUGUAAAUAUUUUAUAAUUAAUUACUGUUUGAUUUAUAAAUUAAUUUCGAGAAUACGACCAUUAUUUCGUGGAAAAUAAUGGAUAUGCAAUGACUUAAUGGAGGGAACAAUUAACAGGUUGGAUUAAUGGAGUAUAAAUAAAUGCAGUGGUUUUCUUUAUAACAAA